AAUUCAGUUCCGAUCCAGUGAUUUAUCAAUCAAUAAUAAAUCCAAGCUGGGCUUAGUUGUCCUUGUUAUGAGGAUUCCUGGCAGCACAGUUACCUAUGAAGGAGAGGGUAAUAACAUCCUGGUAAGACAUUAACCAUGUCAUGUGAAUGAUUGAGGGAAUCUGUGAAAUGCUUAUGUAAUUUUUGUGUAUGUGCAUGUCUGACUCAACAUGGCAGUACACACUGCAGACUUUGAUCUGAAACUACAGGAGACAAAGUAAAAUAAUAUGCUACCUUUGCCGGUGCGCUGGGUGGGGAGAGAGUGAGAGUCACAAGUUCGCUUCGGUUGUAUACAAUGCGGACACGGAAGGGCACAGGGCUGUUUGUGAUGGCCGUGUCUCAGUGGAUGUUCUGUGCUGCAGUGCUGCUCCUCCUCAUCCAGGGGCUCCAGUGUUCUCCCGUUCCCCCUGCUUGUCCGGAGUCCUGCCUUUGUCAGAAAGGUCUUCUAAACUGUUCCUUCGCUGGCCUUUCCCAGGCCCAACAACAUGUUCCAUCCACUGUCACUGAACUAGAUCUUUCUCACAACCUCCUGAAGUCCGUUACCCCCUCAUGGCCAAGUUGGGGGCUUAAGAGUCUAUGGCUUGGACACAACAGCAUCACUCACCUGUCUCUGUGUGUGCGGAGGACCUGGAGGGGUAAACAUUGGAAAAUCCCCUUCUCACAUAGCCGAGGGAGAUGUGUGUCCUGGGCCCCAACUCUGCAGCUGCUCUCUGCUGAGAGGAACCAGCUAGAGAUGAUUCCUGAAGGCCUGGGAGGCAGUGAGUUCCUACAGGUGCUGCAGCUCUCCCACAACAGGAUCUCUGACCUACGACCUGGAGACCUGAGCAGGUGCCCCCUUCUGAGAGAGAUCCACCUGCAGCACAACCGCAUCUCCAGCCUCCACCCACAGGCCCUGAGGGACAUGCCAGAGCUCAGGGUCCUGGAUCUGAGCUUCAACCUGUUGACCACGAUCACUCCAUCAGCCUACCUGUCGCUGCGUAAACUGAAUGUCCUGGUGGAGGUGAGUGGGAACAGGUGGAGGUGUGACUGCAGCCUGCGGAGCUUGAGGAGGAAGAUGGCCUACGACAGGGACAGGGCCCUGCAGCAGACCUGGAGGGGGGUGGUGUGUUCAUCCCCCUCCACCCACGCAGGUAGAGACCUGCUACACCUGGAGGACAGUGACCUCACCUGCUCUACUGCUGAAAACAGGGCGGGGCUCCACCAGGAUGUGACAGUGGAUAAAGGGACAGAGAUCCUGCUGCCCUGUGGCUCUCCAAAGCAAGAUUCAACAUGGUGGACGCCCAAUGGACAAGUUCCUGGGAGCCAGGCAGGCCUGCUGAUCAGUGACAUCACAGAGCGAGACGCAGGACUGUACGUGUGCGUCUAUGGGACAGACGAGGAGUCUGUGUCUGUAUUCAACCUGCGCGUUCACAAGACACAGAGGAAAACCAGAGACACGAGGAGUUUACACAGGGAGCGGCUACAGAUUAACCCAGAGUUCGGCAGCAUCCAGGGGGAAGGUCAGGAGACAGACCUGAACUCUCUAGAUCUCCACAGGGCUACCCAGAGAACACAGUCUGACUUGGUCCUGGCUGUCUGCCUGUCUGUGUUCAUCACCUUCCUGGUAGCAUUUGUAAUUGGUGCUCUGACCAGACCUCUCCUGGACGCUCUCUGGAGGAGGUGCUGUAGCUGCUGUAACCAUACCACGCAAAGCGCCUCCCCACCACAAUCGGUCUCCUCUGCUGGGCAGGCCCCCUACGACAACAAGGCCUAUUCAGAUGAGGAUGAGCGAGAGGAACUAGGGACACACAGGGAGAGGAGAGUGACAUUUAGUGGACAUCCUUCAGAACUAAGGGAUCAGAAUAGCAUUCCAUACUAUGAUACUGUGGUCAAUGGCAUGCAGGACAACCUCGAUGGGGAAUAUGAUGCAACAUAUGAGAAUGUUCAGGAGAGGGGUGCCUCACACCCCUCCCUUGAGGUCUAUCACCCACCUGAGGGGGAGAAGCCUAGUGCACGGGGCUCUGUCAGCUCAGGAAGCUUCCGACAUGACAACCCAGAGACAGACACUCACAGUGGAGACCUCUCUGAUAUCUCUCUGAGUGAACCACAAAGGGGCGCUUACCCAGUCCAUACCCACGGCAUGGAGUUUGAAUCCAUCCCUGACCCAGAUGAGUUGCAGCGGUGUCGAAGCUCGUCUGUGUCUUCACACUCUGACCAGGAGAGUCCAGAUAGGGAUCAGGAUAUGGACUGGCCCAAAGACAAUUUGGCUCAGAGAUUGGAGGAGCGCAAGACCCGGAAUAAUUCCUGGGAGCCUCAAUCCCCCCAGAAGGAAGACAACUCCUUUGAGCGGAGUUCAGAUUUCCCUACAGUUAAACCAGUUGAUGUUCUACAGAUCAACAUUGGCAGAGUGGGUGAGAUCCCUGGAUUGGCUAAUAGGAAAUCAAACAUGGCAGAUCCCAACCCCAUGGAUCCUGAGCUGUGGAAUGACAGCGGAGAGAGCUUUGAGUUCCCUGAUUCCAUCCAAGGUGCAUCGGCACGGUCCAGUAGUCAAGAUCUUUCAGGUUCUGCUUUUGCCGAUCAGUUGAGAAAAGAGUAUGAACAAACGCUGAAUAAAGAAACACUUGUGAAAGACUGGAGGGAGAAUGAUAAGUCCAGCUCCAGCAACUCAAGUGACAGUGGGAAUGAACCUACAGAGUACACUGUGAACCCAGAGACGGAGGUAGUGAAGGAGAAGGAGAUUGUCCAGGAUGCACUGCUUACACAUGAUAGCACAACAGACCCUGCUGCAGCGAACCCCUAUCUCAAAUAUGAUGUCAGUUUGGACAAGCAGCACUAUAAGGACCCAGUCAGUCCCUCUCCAGAUGAGGAUGGAUUUCAUGUGAGUGAACUGAGACAGGAAGUUCAACGCUCCCAUUUGUUUUCAGAGCACUCUGAUUUGUCCAGUGAUAGUAGUGAUGAACCCACAAAGUACACAGUGAACAAGGAUAGCGACGAGGAAGAGGAGGAUGAAGCUCAAGUCCCAGCUGUCACACACAAAGGUCCAUCUCUCAGUCUUGGAGACAUUAAUGUAUCUUUGGCCUCAAGGAAAGCUCUCAAUAUUGGCUUCUCUAAGGAUGGUUUUCAAUAUCAACAAGAGCCUGAGACAAGGUCGACUGGCUUGGAUCUAACCACCCAGAGUGCCAUCAGCACAAAGGGGUCCCUUCCCCAACCUUCAUUGCCCUCAGACGUGGCAAGGGUUGAAGACCCACCAGUUUCAGUCUACAUCCCCAGACUCAGUAAGCGUUUAGAUAUUCAGCCUCAGGAAGCUUCACCUGCUCCCACAAAAACACCACCACCCUCUGAAUCCUCUUCCAGCAGUGAGAGUGAAGAUGAGACUACAGAUAACUCAGUGAAACUUGACAGAGAGGUCCCAGAUGUCUCACAGAAGAAUUCAUCUCUCAGUCUUGGAGACAUUAAUGUCUCUUUGGCUCCAAGGAAAGCUCUCAAUAUCGACUUCUCCAAGCAAGGUUUUCAAUAUCAACCAGAGCCUGAAAAAAGGUUGACUGGCUUGGGUCUUUCUUUCCAGAGUGCCAUCACCCCAAAAGAGCCUUCAUUGCCCUCAGAUGGGACAAGGGCUGGAGAGUCUCCAGCUCCAUUCUAUAUCCCCAACCUCCGGAGACGUCUGGAUAUUCAGCCUUCUCAGGACACUCCACCUGCUCCACCACGAACACCACCACCCUCUGGUUCAUCCUCUUCUAGAAGUGAAAGUGAGGAUGAGACUACAAUGAAUCAAACAAGAGAAGAGAAAGCUAAGGUCCCAGAUUCAUCUUUCAAUCCCGUAGACAUUGAUGUCUCUUUUGCUCCAAGGAAAGCUCUCAAUAUCAGCUUCUCCAAGGAGGGUUUUCAAUAUCAACAAGAGCCUGAGACAAGGUCGCCUGGCUUGGAUCUCUCCUCUCAGAGUGAUAUCACCCCAAAGGAGCCACUUCCCCAAAAUCGAUUCCCAGAAGGGACAAGGACUAGAGAGACUCCACUAGAUAUGCACAGGCUCCGGAGACGUUUAGAUAUUCAGGCCACUCAGGAAACUCCACCUGCUGCCCCAGGGUCACGCCCACAUGCUGGUUCAUCCUCUUCAAACAGUGAAAGUGAGGAUGAGACGACAAUGAAUCAAAAAAGAGAAGAGAAAUCCAAGGUCCCAGAUUCAUCUUUCAUUCCCGCAGACAUUGAUGUCUCUUUUGCACCAAGGAAAUCUCUCAAUAUUGGCUUCUCCAAGGAGGGUUUUCAAUAUCAAUCAGAGCCAAGUUUGACUGGCAUGGGUCUAACCUCCCAGAUUACCAUCAGUACAAAGGAGCCCUUUCCCAAAUCUUCAAUUCCCUCAGAUGGGACAAGGGAUGAAGAGUCUCUAGUUCCACUCUAUAUCCCCAGUUUUAAGAGACAUGUGGACAUUCAGCCUCCUCAGGAGACGCCACCUGCUGCCCCACAAACACCACCACCCUCUGGUUCAUCCUCUUCUGGAAGUGAGAGUAAGGAACUUGACAGAGAGGUCCCAGAUGUCACACACAAGGAUCCAUUUCUCAGUCUUGGAGACAUUAAUGUCUCUAUAGCCCCAAGGAAAGCUCUCAAUAUCAGCUUCUCCAAGGAGGGUUUUCAAUAUCAACAAGAGCCUGAGACAAGGUCGCCUGGCUUGGAUCUCUCCUUUCAGAGUGAUAUCACCCCAAAGGAGCCGCUUCCCCAAAAUCGAUUCCCAGAAGGGACAAGGACUAGAGAGACUCCACUAGAUAUGCACAGGCUCCGGAGACGUUUAGAUAUUCAGGCCACUCAGGAAACUCCACCUGCUGCCCCAGGGUCACGCCCACAUGCUGGUUCAUCCUCUUCAAACAGUGAAAGUGAGGAUGAGACGACAAUGAAUCAAAAAAGGGAAGAGAAAUCUCAUGUCACAGAUUCAUCUUUCAUUCCCGCAGACAUUGAUGUCUCUUUUGCACCAAGGAAAGCGCUCAAUAUUGGCUUCUCCAAGGAGGGUUUUCAGUAUCAAUCAGAGCCAAGUUUGACUGGCAUGGGUCUAACCUCCCAGAUUGCCAUCAGUACAAAGGAGCCCCUUCCCAAAUCUUCAAUUCCCUCAGAUGGGACAAGGGAUGAAGAGUAUAUUGUUCCACUCUAUAUCCCUACUUUCAGGAGACAUGUGGACAUUCAGCCUCAUCAGGAAACUCCACCUGCUUCCCUACGAACAUCACAUAACUCUGAAUCACCCUCUUCCAGCAGUGAGAGUGAAGAUGAGACUACAAUGAACCAAAAAAGAGAAGAGGAGAAAGCUAAGGUCCCAUAUAAGUAUCCAUCUCUCAGUCCUAGAGACACACCCAUUAAUGUCUCUUUUGUUCCAAGGAAAGCUCUCAAUAUCGGCUUCUCCAAGGAGAGUUUUCAAAAUCAAUCAUCAGAGUCAAAGUAUGAGAGUAUAACCACCACAAAUGAUAGAGGUUUUCAGGAAGAUGCCAAGCCUGCUCCCAAAACAUCAAUAUUUUACUCCACCUCCUCAGACAGGGCGAGAACUGAGGAGCCACCAGUUCCACUCUACAUCCCUGGACUCCAGAGGCAUCAGAAUAUCCAGCCCUCUCAGGAUGCUACACUUGCCGAAUCAUCCUCUGCUAGCAGUGAGAAUGGAGAUGAGCUUACAGAACACACAAAGAAACCAGGGAGAGAUGUCACAGAUUUCUCGCUCAGUCCUGGGGACACGCCUAUUAAUGUCUCCUUUGCCCCAAGAAGAGCUCUCAAUAUCAGCCUUUACAACUCAGCUAGUACCACAGAUGAGGUGGAGAGGAAGACUGGAGCAGAGGACAGGUGGGAAAGGCCAGGGCUUGGUGGUCUGAAGGCACUGUCAGAGACACAAAGGUGGGACACAAAGGACAGUUCUACAAACAUGAAUGUUUCUUUCUCUCAAAGGAGUGCUCUCAAUAUCAACUCAGACAGCAGCACAGAUGAGGUGGGCAGGAGAGCCAGAGCACACUACAGCAGUCCCAUACUAGAGCGUACCAUUAGCAGAAAGGACAGAGGCUUUAAGGAAGAAACCAAUCCCUCUCCCAAACUGUCUUUGCCAAAAACAUCACCCUUUUUCUCCACUUCCACUGAUGAGGCGAGGCCUAUAGAGUCUCCACUCCAAAUCCCCCGCCAUAGGAGGCGUCUAGUUGUAGACAUUCAGCCCCACCUGGCUCCACCUGCUGCCCCAGGAACACCACCACCUUUCCCAGAGGGAGAAGAGGCAGCUGGUUCUGGAUGGAGGAGCAGGGGACAACAGAGGUGGAGAGCCAUAGAUGGAUUUGGACGUACUUCCAAGACACAGGGAGAUGAGGGAGAGAAGAACUAUAUGGGGUUAUUGGCUGCUAAACCAUUCGGCACAGCUCGUCAGUAUCAGAGCGUUACCCCAGAAACCAUUAUGGCCACACAGCAUAGUGAGAUCUCUGAGAGGGAUGGUUCUGACCUGACCUUCUCCACUGUAAGACACAGUGAGGCUUAAGACCAACUGUAUUUGUUUGUGCUGAUUUAAGAAAAGUUGCACUUAAUAUUGAGAAAAACGCAGCUAAUGACAAAGAGAUUAGAAGUUGGAUUUGAUAUUUUAUUAUAGAAUUAUACUGUUCUUACAUUGUUGUAAAAUAUGAGUAAUUUGUGCUGGAAAACCAGACAUGUUUAUCGUAAUGAAAAUAGAUGUUUAUAUGACUUUGAAUGAUAUAAUAAAGGUGGGAGCAUUAAACACUU